AGAAUCUCCGACCUCAUCGACGCGAUGAGCACCCACAAGGACCCCUACCUCGUCAUGGAGACGUUGAACGAGAUCUCCAACUCCCUCUUGAUGAUGACGAGCAUACAGUCAGAACGCCAGGUCCCGACCUAUCUCUUGGCGGAAAAACUUGUCGCUGUGAUCAGCGGGUACCCAGACCACCUGGAGCUACAGGUGGCGGCAUGCCGCUGCAUAUACAACCUCGCAGAGGUCAACUACGAGCUCAUGCACGAGAUCGUCUCCGCCGGCGUGAUUGAAUGCUUGAACUCGAAACUCCUAGAUCUCAGCUAUAUUGAUAUGGCCGAGCAAGCCCUACAAGCGUUGGAGAUCAUUUCCCGCAAGGCGGGAAAGCAAUGCUUGAAUAAGGGCUCCGUCCCUAUAGUCUUGACGUUCCUAGACUUUUUCACCAUCCAUACCCAACGGAAGGCCUUACAAGUGGCUGCAAACGCCUCCGUUUUCAUCCCCAAGACAAAGUACAAUGACAUCAUCGACGUCUUCCCAACCAUAAAAAACGUCGCCACACAAUACACGGACGCCCAAUGCGUCGAAUCUGCAUGGAUUUUUAUUGCCAACACUAUCAGGAACAUUUAUACGACCCCCGAGGUUUUAACAGCUAUGAUCGAUCUAGAGUUCAUCAAAAAAUUAUUCGAGAUUUUUCCACUUUGCUUGGGCAACGGUACGAAAUCGUCAGGAUUGGUCACAUUCAAAACUUGCAUUUUAUUAUUGGAUUCCCUGUCUCUUCUAACCAGCUACUCCCCCGAAUUCUCUAACAAUCUGCUACAGGAAUGUGAUAUUGGUUCAAUGAUAAUGCAGAUUUUCCUCUCCUACGAACAUGAUGAUGUAUCCCAUUCUAAAAAUAGCACAGUAACCAUCGAUGCAUUGUUAAAAUGCCCCAAAGAGCUUUUGGUAACAUUACUCAAACUUAUAUCCUCCAUAAUACCGUUGAACUCAACAGCAAUAAAGAGUCAGCAAAAAACUGAUAUAGGCAAUUACACCUUAGUGCCUGAAGAGAAACAUAACAUAAAUGCAGAAAAAAUUAUACUAAUCAAAUCCAAUUCUGAAUCGUUACAUGAUUUCAAUCUCUUAAUUUUUCCUCUACUUUUGAACAUUUAUGAUGCCACUGUCGAGUUUAAGGUUAGACGGCUAGUUUUGCUAUCAGUAUUGAGGAUGAUAUAUAUGAGUUCUCCUGAUGAACUGAAGUCAAUCAUUUUCAAAUCUAAAAUAACUUCAAUUUUAGCAUCAACGAUUAAUCGUGGGAAAAACCUCUUGCAACAUACGAUAAAGAAUUCCAAAAACAGUGAAGAUUUCAAACACUAUUCGUUGAUUUUUGGCUCACUUCUUAUAAUACAAAGUUUGAUCAAUGGAAACCCUGUGACUUUCUUGGAAAGCUUCACAAAGGAAGGUUUGAUUGCACAGAUACAAGAAUUCACUUUGGCUACCACUGAGGAAUACAACAAAAUAGUAGAUACCAGUGAAACAAUUGGUGAAGAAGCUGAAGGGUUUUCAAACAGUUCUGGGUCGAAUGCUGAUCAUGCAGGAAGCGAAGCAGUAAAUGAGGAUGAGGAUGGUGAUGGUGACUACGAGAACUGGGUAGAAGAUGAUAAUAAUGAUGACGAAACAGGCACAAGUGCGGAUGAUGCUGAAACUUUCGGUGAGUCUUCUAGUGUACUCCAUCAUUUCAAAUCCAUCAACCAAUCUUUUAGCAUCCUGGAUGAUGGGUUGAAACUAUUGUCAUUAAGGACUAUCUUGGAAUCUUUGCUUUCUUUAUCAAGUUCGAUUAACUUUGACUAUGAAACUCUUUCAGUGUCAAACAAUUUCACCAAGUCGGAGAGUAUGAAGUUUCUGGAAACUUUUAUCUCCACUUUAAGGGGCGACCUGACCUUAGUCUCAGAGAAUGAAUGGAUUGAUUUAUGGACUAAAUUUGCGACCAUUUUAGAUUCGAGCUCCAAUAACAAAUCUACUUCCAGUUUUGAACUAGUCUCUUCUGGGAUAAUCAAUGAACUAUUGCACACUUUUCAAGGCCGAAAGAAUUUUGAAUCACCAGUUUGCAAGACAUUUCUGUAUAUAUUUUGCUCUGCCCUGAGUCCAUGUGUUAACGAGAAAACAUCUCCUUUGUUUUUCCUAGUAAAGAAAUUAGAGGAAUCGUUGGAUAGAAAUGAAUCUUUUGAUAUAGUCGGAUCCGAUUCGGACGCAUCACAAAGUUCAAGGUUCCGUGCCGCUUCAAUGACUAAACAAAUGAGAAUCAAACUUGUUCCUAUGGACUCAGAGAGUAGCGACAAGAACAAAAGUGUGUUAUUGGUGGUACAGGCAAUCGCCACAUUUGAAAGCAUACAAAAUUUUAUUAAAAACUCGAAAUCAAUCAACCUUGGCAAUAACUUUAAUUUGAAUUCUUCUUCUCUUGAUGAUGACUACCAUUAUGAGUUCUUUAUUGACAAUGAGAGAAUUCCAUCAGAUGCAACAAUAUUUGGUGUUAUAUAUAAGUCUUCAGAAAAUCAACGGAAUUUGAACGAUUUGAAGGGAGAUCUGCUGAAGCAAGCCCACGUUAUCAAAUACAAGUAUGUUCCUGGUAAACUAAUUCCAGACGAUAGCUCGGCUUUUGAAGAAACAGUAGAUGAUGCUCUUACAAAUAUUGGAGAGAAAAGUACCAUAGAUACAUUACAACUGUUAAAGAUCUUGUAUACUAUGAACCAGAAUGUUCAAAAUCCAAGUACCUCAGAGGUCUUAUUUUUGAAUUAUAAGCUCUCGGCAAAGUUGAACCGCCAAUUGGAUGAACCACUUUUGGUUGCUAGUGGAAUUUUACCUGAUUGGGCUAUUAUCAUUCCAAGAGAGUUUCCGUUUCUAUUUCCAUUAGAAACACGCCUAUUCUUUUUGAAAUCAACUUCCUUUGGCUACUCUAGACUUAUUGACUUCUGGUCUUCAAAGUCAAAGGAGGAGGAUUCAAACUCAACUACAAGAAAUCCAAUGUUAGGUAGAUCAAUAAGACACAAACUUAGGAUAUCCCGGGAUAGAAUCUUUUCAAGUGCUGUCAAGGUAAUGGAAAAUUAUGCAACAAAUCCAGGUCUCAUUGAGAUCGAAUACUUUGGUGAGGUUGGAUCAGGCUUAGGACCUACACUAGAAUUUUAUUCUAAUGUUUCCAAGGAAUUUGGGAGACUAAAAUUGCGUAUGUGGAGAAGUGAUCAAUACUCUAAACUUCAGUACAAUAAUGAACUUUAUGUACAUGACGAUCACGGGCUAUUCCCGAGGCCACUUCAUAAAUUGGAUCCACACUUGAAUAAUACUUUAUUGUACUUCAAGGUUUUGGGCAAAUUUCUAGCAAGAUCAUUCUUGGAUUCAAGAAUAGUUGAUUUUCACUUCAAUCCUUUAUUUUUUGAAAUUGCAAUGAAGUAUUCUGCCACGAAAAGUUUUGUGCAUGAUAUUUCGGAUUCGAUAAAGAAAAUAAAAAGUGUGGACCAAAGUUUGAGCUCAUCUCUACAACAUUUGAAACUUUAUCUCGAUGAAUUCGCUCGUAUUCCUGAAGCAGACUGGGAAGAAGUUCAAAUCUCAGGAUGUAAGGUUACCGAUUUAAUGCUCACAUUUGUUUUGCCGGGCUACGAAGAAAUCAAAUUGAUUCCAGAUGGGGAUGAAAUUGGAGUGAAUAGUUCAAAUUUAGGAAUGUACAUCAACAAAAUAAUUGACUUUACCAUCUAUGGGGGUAUCGAAAAUCAAAUAAAGUCUUUUGUUUCAGGAUUUUCUGAAAUUUUUCCAUUUACUUCUAUGAUUUUGUUUUCUGCUGAAGAAUUGACCAGAUUAUCAGGAAAUGAUGUCGAAAACUGGAACGUGGAGACAUUGAUAACUAUGAUUCAUGCAGACCAUGGAUAUAACAACAAAUCUUCACAAGUUGAAUGGCUAAUCCAGAUAAUGUCAAAUUUUGACAAAGAUGAGCGGAGGAAGUUUUUGAAAUUUAUCACAGGAUCACCUAGAUUACCAUUUGAAGGAUUCAAAGGGUUAUCCCCUCCUUUCACAGUUGUAUUGAAACAUUGCGAAGAUAAAUUGCAGCCUGAUGAUUAUUUGCCAAGUGUAAUGACAUGCGCAAACUAUUUGAAGUUGCCUUGUUAUACCAGUAAGGAAGUAAUGUAUACCAAAAUUGUACAGGCUAUGAACGAAGGAAAUGACUCAUUUCUUCUCUCA